ACACUUUCACCAAAAACUCAAUUCCUUUUACCACCAAUAAUGCACAUGAUCCCAUAAAAAUGAUGGAACAUCAAAAAUCCUUAGAAGCCAUAGUCAUGGAAGUUCUUUCUACCUUAACCCCUCUUCAACUCACAAAAUUCACCCACCACUUCUCCUCCCUCUACCACCACAACUGCCACCGUAUUUUCUCUCUCCUCUCUUCUCCCACCCUCUUCUCCCUCACUCUCCACCACCUCAACUCCCUCUCCCUCCGCCGUAAAUCCCUCCUCAUCGCCCGCCACCUCUUGUCUAAAUUCGCGAUUUUAGCUUACUUCGUGGAGAAAAACACGAUUCUACUACCAUCACCAUCAAUCACUACCAUGAGUCUUCGGGAUGUGGAUGCGGUUUUGAUGCUCUUACUACUAUGUGAAUUGCGCCAACAUGAGCCUGGGGCGUUGCACAACGCCCCACUAUCGUGUUGGCGCAAUAUUCUUCGUGACUAUAUGGCUAAGGACAUGUUGAAACUAUCCGGUAUUGAAAGUUGUUGUAGUGAAGUGAUAAUUAAGUUCAUUGAGCUAGUGGCUAAGUGCAAGAAUUUUGUUAAUGUCAUGGCUAGCGAUGGUGGUGACCAGGGGCGGAGCUAUGGAAUUUCUAACUCCGUCACUGGUAAUGAUGAUGAACGUAAAGACAAGAAGAUGUUAGCGGCAUCCGUGGCGGUGGUGGUGUCGUUGCCGUCAUCUAACGGUGGUGGAGAUGAUCAAUGUGUGAUAUGUAAAGAAGACAUGAAAUUAGGGAGAGAUGUUUGUAAAUUACCAUGUGAUCAUUUUUACCAUUGGAAAUGUAUAUUGCCUUGGUUGAAGAAGACAAACACUUGUCCAUGUUGUCGGUUUCAGUUACCGUCAGAUGAUGUUUUUGCUGAGAUCCAACGGUUGUGGGAUGUUCUGGCUAAGAUUAGUGGUGGUGCCACGUAGUUAAUUAAUUGCAGCCAGAAAAUUAAAUUAGUGGAUUAAAUUGUAGUAGCUAUCUUUUUCAGCUUAUCAAUAAUCCAAAAAAAUAUCUGUACAAAAUUUAUUGUUACAAGUGGAGUACUCUUUUUUCCACUUAGAACACGUGGCAAAUGCAUAGAUAUACAUGUUUUGUCUUAGUCAAUCAUGAGUUGUGGACUUAGACGGAAAGCACGACACGAAUCGCAAGCGCGUAAGCAUAGGUUUUUUGUUUCAGCCUUCUUUAGCCACUUUCGAAUCUAUCGUAUUCAGAAAAGCUUGUUUCGUGCCGAAACAUUUAGCAAUGUCAGCAGAUUGGUGAGGGCUGGGUGUCUGAGGAUAGGUUAAGGCAGAGCCUACUGGACUUAAAAUACCAUGAGCAGCAGGAUGUUGAGGUCCGAAUUAGGCUCACUCUUUGAUUAUAAAGAUCUUGUAGUAACGGAUU